AUGGCUUAUAUGGGAAAACUGGUGUUGGGUUUGAUGGUGUUUAGGGAGAUGGUUGGUGAAGGUAUUCAGCUUGAUGUUGUGGUUAUGAUUAGCUUGUUUUUUAUUUGUAGCCAAUUAGGCUGGCUGAGACAUGGUAAGAAUGUCCACAGGUGGAAUAUUGGGAGGCGUCUGUGGCUAGGAUUGUAUUUAGGAAGAGAUGUGGUUUUGUGGGCUGCAUUGAUAUUGGGGUGUGGGAUGAAUGGAAGUGUCAAUGUUGCUUUAGAUCUCUUUUAUCUGAUGUGCAGGGAGGGAUUGGUUCCCACUGAGAUUACCUUUGUUGGGAUCUUGUAUGCUUGCAGGUAUGGUGGAAGCGUGGAUCAGGGAUUUGAGUACUUCAAGAAGAUGAGGGAAGUAUAUGGGAUCAUGCCUAAGAUAGAACAUUAUGGUGGCAUUGUUGAUUUGCUUACUAGGGCAGGGUGGGUACAAGAAGCACAUGAUUUUAUUCAAAAUGUGCCACUGGAUCCCAAUUGCAUGUUUAUUAGAUAUGUUCUAGCACUUCACAGGAUCAUGGAUGCGGAAAGGUCUCAAGAUCCUAAGGAACAGGCUGCAAAUGAAAUGGCUUCAUUAAUUAGAGAUCCCAAUAUAUCAACUUCAUUCCAUUUGAAAUUUCAGCAACUUUCCCAACCGCCACUUGUUUGUGAUAAUGUUGGACUGAAUGAGCUCCUUCAACCUUUUGAUCCAGGUGGAUACCACAACCCCAUGAAUGCCACCACCCAGCUGCCGAUUAUGAUACGUUUUGUGUUUGAUCCGGGGAUCAAUGUACAAGCUUUACCGUAG